AUGCCCGGCGUGAUAGUCGAAAGCCAACCAAAGGCGCGCAAGCCAACCAAAAAUGAGCAGCGACGAGCGAAGAAGAAGCAACAGAAGCGAGAGACACCCGCACCAUCAGCAGACACAGAGAAUGUCGGUCGCUCAGAGACCACCGAGCCAGCACAACCGGUAGCGCCCGCUGCCAACGACCCGAUUCAAGAUGUUCCGACCGUCGAAAUCCAGGACGAUUUGCCUAUCGACGACCCUCUGUACUCGCAGUUUGCGGGCAUCUUCGCCAAAUUCAAGGAGGACGAGAAGGAAGAAGUCGAGGUGAAAGAGCCCGAGAAACCAGAGGUUUUCUACGGUGACGAUGACAACAUUCAAGAUGAGGACGAGGAGGAAGAAACGAAGAAGAAGCUCUCCAAAAAAGCGCGAAAGGCCGCCAACAAAUUGAGCAUUGCUGAACUGAAGGCCAUUGUGCGCAAGCCAGAAAUUGUCGAAUGGACGGACACAUCAGCCCAGGACCCGCGACUACUGGUGAACAUCAAGAGCGCGCGCAAUGUGGUUCCGGUGCCGACCCACUGGUGUCUGAAGAGAGAAUAUCUGAGCAGUAAGCGGGGUAUAGAAAAGCCUGGUUUUGCGCUCCCAAAGUUCAUCGCGGAGACCGGCAUUGCAGAGAUGCGUGAUGCAGUCCUCGAAAAGCAGGCAGAAGCAUCGUUGAAACAGCGCGCGCGCGAACGUGUGUCAGGAAAGACUGGAAAGCUCGAUAUCGAUUACCAGAAACUGUACGAAGCGUUUUUCCGGCGACAGACGAAGCCAUCCCUCACACGAUAUGGCGAGGUCUAUUACGAAGGCAAGGAGUUUGAAACUAACUUACGACAUUUGCGACCCGGCGAGCUGAGCGAAGAGCUCAAAGAGGCACUCAACAUGCCACCUGGUGCACCACCGCCGUGGCUCAUCAAUCAGCAGAAGAUUGGACCUCCACCUUCGUACCCUGCACUCAAGCUACCAGGCUUGAACGCACCACCGCCUCCAGGAGCCGCAUGGGGUUUUCAUCCCGGUGGAUAUGGCAAGCCGCCAGUGGACGACCAAAAUAGACCUUUGUUCGGCGGUGACGUCUUCGGAAUGGGUGAUAUGAAGGUGGACAAGAGCAAGGACGGAGCUGCUGCACCCGAAGCAGUGGACAAGUCUUUGUGGGGUGAGCUGCAACCACCUGUGGAGGAGGAAGAGGACGAGGAGGAAGAUGACGAGGAUGACGAAGAAGACGAUGGCGAGUCUGGUACAAAGACCGGCGUCAGUGUACCGUUCGGUGGCACGGAAACACCUGGUGGGUUUGCUACUACCGUUCCGACCGAUAUUCCCCGUGGACACAACGAUGUCACUCUGCGUAAACAACGACACGGCACUGAGACAGAAUCAUCAAACCACCCAAGAUCUGCUGGGACUGUGCUGAAUGAGCGCUCGAUCCGUGCGGAGGGGUUCUUUGGCGGAGAACGUGCAUAUGAUCUUUCUGCAGGCAAGUCUGGUCCACCUUCGAAUGUUCCGGUGCUUGGACAGGAGCAGCGCGGUAGCAAGAGGAAGGCCGGUGAUGUCGACGUCUCGAUGGAUGUAGAGGCAUUGGUUAGAGAUGGCAAGCUGGGCAAAGAGGAGUUGCAGCAGAUGUAUGAGGCACAGCGAGCAGAGCAAAGUGGUUGGCAAGGCGGAGCUGCUGGAGAGGACCUGAGUGGACUCGUCGCAGAAGAAAGUGCGAAGAGGCAGAAGCGGGAUCGCGAACGAGCACAGAAAGGCAAAGGAGGCCGGUAA